GUUUGGGUUUGUCGGAUGAAAAAGAUGUAACGAUUAAAGGUUUUGAAGCAAUUAAAUCAUGUGAACGGGUAUAUUUAGAAGCGUAUACGAGUAUCUUAAUGGUAUCCAAAGAGAAAUUGGAAGAAUUUUAUGGAAAGGAACUUAUAUUAGCAGACAGAGAAAUGGUGGAAUCACAAAGUGAUGAAAUUUUAUUAAAUGCUGAUAAAAAAAAUGUAGCAUUUUUGGUGGUAGGAGAUCCAUUUGGUGCAACAACACAUGCAGAUUUAAUUAUAAGAGCAAAAGAAUUAUCAAUUCCCAUUCAAACAAUACACAAUGCUUCAAUAAUGAAUGCAGUUGGCGCUUGUGGAUUACAAUUAUAUAAUUUUGGCCAAACUAUUUCUAUACCUUUUUUUACUGAUAAUUGGAGGCCUGAUAGUUUUUAUGAUAGGAUUAAAGAAAAUAGAAAUUUGGGUUUACAUACUCUUUGUUUAUUAGAUAUUAAAGUAAAGGAACAAAGUAUAGAAAAUCUAGCAAGAGGUAAGAAGAUAUAUGAACCCCCACGAUAUAUGAACGUUAAUCAAGCAAUUGAACAAUUAUUAGAAAUCGAAGAACAAAGAAAAGAAAAUGCUUACACAUCGGAAACUUUAGCAAUAGGAAUCGCGCGUCUUGGUUCUCUUACAGAGCAACUAAUUAAAGCUGAAUGCACGUCCUAG